UUGACGUAUUGAUUCAGUUCACAGAAAAAAGCUGAUUGUAUCAAAGUCGCCGAGUUGCGUUCCGUAUGUGACUGUUUUUGUUGAUAUUUCACCAAGUUGCAACUUCCACGCUCUCUGAUACAUAGUUUAGAUUAAUAAUUGGACUGUACCAUUGUCAAGCUGCUCAUAAACCCCUCCUCAAGCAAAAACCUAUGCAUGUAGCUUCGGUCUCGUCUAGGUUUGAAUAAACGUGAUCAACUAUUACUGCAAAUUCAUUCAGUAAUGUAUAACUAAUUAUACUAAAUAUCUGAAUUGCAAAAUAAACCGUCGGAUACUGUUUACGUGAGCCGUGGUAUAGAAGUGUUUAGUGUUUUUCAAGUUACAAACAAAAUGACAGAGUCAAACACGGCUGUGGUUGCUCGAAGUAUAGUUCAGCAAUGCCUGCAUGGCAAACUGCAAGUGAAGCCCCCAACACAGGACUCUGAGGCAGAAUGGGUUGAGAUUCAGAGAGGAAUGGUGAUUUAUAUCUGUUUUUUCAAAGGGGCCACAGAAGAGAUAAUCCCCAAAAUAGUGAGUACACUAUUAAACGUGAAGCUGUGUGAGACAGACACUGGUAGGUAUGUGUCUGUUCUCGACCUGCCUGGGAAUGUUCUGAUAGUCCCGCAAGCUACCCUGGGCGGUAAAGCCAAAGGAAAGAGCAUGCAGUACCACGCCAACAUCGGGAAGGAGCAGGGAAUGCAGCUGUACGCCAGCUUUGUGGCUCAGUGUGAAAAAGAGCUCUCCUCUUCCAGCAAAUGCACUGAAUCAGGAGUAUUGGUCAAACAUGGGACCUAUGGGAAUAGACAAGUAUUGAAACUGGACACUAAUGGACCUUAUACACAUUUGAUUGAAUUUUAAUCGCACCACUCCUUAUUGCUGUCCUGUUUCCGUUACCUUGUUUUGGGGCCAGGUGUUGCAACACAUCUUGUUAUAUUGCUGUUCCAAAUUACAUUUGUGUGAUUCAAAAUAAAUAUA